ACUUAGCGUCAGUGUUUCAGACGCUGUUGCGCGAGGCGGUAAUGUGAUGCUAGGGCGCUCUGGCUGUGUGGAGGUCGCGCUCAAGAUUUUCUCACGGUGUUCCUAUUCCAUCUCAGCAGGACGCUAUUGUCGCAGCAUUGCUUACAGUCCAUGACUACGAAUACUGAUUAUGUGUCUAUAUUUGGCGUAGUAAAAGUGUUCUUCUUAAACUGAGCCUAACCAACCGAAACUUCGAAAUUAUUUAAGUGAUUUUUGAAAAACGUUAUACCUAUUAGGUAAUCACGUAGAAUCAGGACUCACAAGUGUUGGGAGAAAAAAAGUUAUUGCGUGUUAGGUAAAAUAAAAAAUCAAAUUAUUAAUUUUAAUUGUGCUCAACGACUCAACCGUUUGCUAUAUGAACAUAGUUCAUAUUGUAACAUAUUACAUUAUAAUUGAGAAACUUCUUGCGGUUCUUUUUAAAGUGGGAAGUCUUGUGUUUAAAAAUUCAAUAAAUAACUGAUCACAGUAAUUCUUGUCAGCUCGUACAGCACUCUGUGUGUUGCAUAUUUCUCAACAGCAUCGAGAAAACACACUCUCCAAGACACAGAGAUUUGAAAGCGAAUCUUAGCAAUUUGGCUCAUCAAUAAUAGCAGGUCAGUCAAGGGUGGCCGUUACGCGGUGCAGGGUAGAGGAAGAGACAACGGCUAUUCAGCAGUGAAUGUUGCUAGACAGGUGACCCUACGCCCGCUCUCCCACGGAGCCUUCCCGUGGCAUCUCUUCACCGCAUCUUCAGUCGUCACCGUGCGCAUCCUUUGACCUCGCGCGCUAGGUUCACCGCUGCAAGACUCGCAUCUGCACAGCGGGUUGCUCACUCGCUCUACAGCCUGUAUCUACUCGCUAGACUAUACCUACACUAAUGCUCGUCUUCAGUUGAAAAAAAUGAGCAAGUUCUCACGUACAACGGAGUGAUUUCUAUGCUCAACGAACACGUGCUACAUCAUCUACAUGCUGUGGUAGUACGAGUGCACAAGUGCAAACGUGCGUGUAAUUUCUUCUGUUUCAUUAAAAUUAAUUAUUAAUGUUGCGAAAGACACGUUGUACGCCAACUUAUUGUGAGGCUCUUCAGGAACUUUGAUUGGUGACAGAAUCAGUUGACAAGUUAAUUGCAACUGAAGUGAUAUUGCUUCACAGCUUUGAAGCUCCAAUUUCUGGCGUGUCAAGUUUUAGUUGUAGUUUGUCUGGUAGUCUAGCCUACGCGCUGGAAUCAUAUACGUCUUUGGCGCACAUCGCCGAAGUGUCUCUUUAAUACGACAUUUGAAGCUGCAGCUACACUCCUGCUGCCGCUGCUCUUAACAACAUGCACAUCUAAUCCUCCUCUUCAUCGCGCAAUAUUGUUGUAAGAAACGUUAUUCAGCAUUAGCACGUGAGGACGACAGCAACAGCUGCAUAGCGCUGACGUGUGCGCAGCGCUAGGUUCCUGGCGUCAGCUGUGCAGCCUAACCAUCUUCUACGCCCCUGCUAGAAGCACAAUAAAUCCAUCAUGCCCCAAGUUUUGGUCAACCAGCGACUGCUCUUCGUAUUCGCAAUUUUCGCUCUGCUUGUUGAAGGUCUCGCGAGAAAGCAGAGCUUCCGAGUGCGUCCUUCUAGCGUGGAGGCUGUGGUAGGAUCGGACGUGUUGCUCCUGUGCGAGGUGGACGACCAGCAAGGGGAUGCCCAGUGGACCAAACACGGCUUCGCCAUGGGAUUUAACAGAACCUUGCCAGGGCUGCCUCGAUACCAGAUGGUGGGCAAUGCAGAAGACGGCGUUCACAAUCUCCGUAUCCUGAACGUCUCGCUGGACGAUGAUGGAGAAUUUCAGUGCCAAGUGACGCCGUUCAACAACGCAAGGCAGAUCCGCGCGCCAGCCGUGCUCACCGUACUGGUCCCUCCCAGCUCGCUGACCAUCGAGCGGUCGGAGGCCAGCCUGACCGUGCAGGCCGGGCAGUCGCUGUCCAUCACGUGCAAGGCCAGCGACGCCAAGCCAGCGGCGGCCAUCAAGUGGCGGAAGAACGGCGUCCUCUUCACUCCAAGUAACGAAGAGAGCAGUGAAGUCGAUGGAAGUAAAACUAAUCUUAAGACCAAAACCAGCAAGAUCACCAUCACACCAACAGCUGAAGAUAAUGACGCUAAUUUCACCUGCGUCGCUCAUCAUCCCGCGCUCACCAUCACCAACAUCAUACUACAAACUUCAGUCGUCCUGGACGUGCAGUAUCCCCCCAACGCCCCUGAAGUGAUCGACUUCGCGGAAGACGAGUCCUUCGCAGCCGGGCAAGAAAAAGUCCUGACGUGCCGAUCUCGAGGCGGUAACCCGCUGCCUGAUGUCUACUGGUACAAAAACGGCGUGGAACUUGACAGGACUUUUGAGAAGCACAAGAACUACGCCGUCAACGAGUACCGCUUUGACGUGGACUCCUCCGACAACCGCGCCGUGUACGAGUGCCGUGCGCGCAACGCCAUCACCACCGAACCUAAAACAACCAGCAUUACCAUGAGAGUCAAUUUCCCUCCUGAUUCUGUGGUCAUCACCGGACCGGCCUCGGCGAAAGUAGGCGACCGCAUCUCGCUGAGCUGCAAGGCGUCCAAUUCGAACCCCGCUGCCCAGCUCAGUCUACUGGUGAACGGACGAACUCCCCCAGGCACAGCCUCGUCUACCCCCGUCAGAACCGAGAACUGGGGCUUCACCAACACGGCUAACGUCACCAACUACCUGGUUGAAGCCACCGAUAAAGACCUGGUGGUGGCUUGCUAUGCCCACAACCAUCCACUCGGGACUACAAAAGUCGAUACAAAGACCGUUACAAUUCUCCGACCCCCUGGCCCGCCUAUCAUCGUCGGCUACAACGGCACCCAUCCUCUCAAGUCUGGCGAGCGCCUGAGCCUGACGUGUCAAAGCGACGGUGGCAACCCGCUGGCGACGCUGACGUGGUUCAAAGGCAACACAGAGUUGCCGGCGAGUGGCACCCGGCAACACGGCGACUCGUCCAUCUCUGACCUGGACGUGGUCCUACAGGAGUCUGACAACCGAGCGACGUAUUCCUGCCGCGCGUCCAACGACGCGUCAACGAUCACCCUCACCACCAACGUCACGCUCGCCGUCUAUUUUCCUCCCGCGAGCGUAAAAGUGACGGUGUCCCCGGACUCCAUCCACGCUGGGACCAACGUGACGCUGCAGUGUGAGAGCUCCUCGUCCUACCCCGCCGCCAACGUCACCUGGUGGAGGGACGGCGCUCCCCUCCUGGGGGGCGUCGAGCAGGUCAAGGACGGCCUGCAUCACGGCACCAUUACGUCGUACAGCGUGGCGGUUACGGUUGGGUCUGAAGAUGACGGGGCCAUCUACACCUGCCAGGCCAGCAACAACUGGGCCUUCACCACGCACGACUCCAUCACCCUCGACAUCAAGUAUGCACCAGUGUUCGCCGAAGGAGCGUUGCCAGCUUCAAAGGAAGUGUCAGAAGGAGAAAGUAUUUCACUUAACGCCACAGUCCUGGCUAAGCCUUCCGCGGUCACGUACACGUGGCAUUUCGGUGGCCAACUUAUCACCUCCUCAUCCGUCAUGAACAUCACCAACAUCAGCCGCACUGAUGAUGGCAUCUACACAGUUAAAGCCACCAACUCUGAAGGAUCUGUCACCAAAGAUAUCGCUCUUAAAGUUAAAUUCGCGCCAGUCAUCCUGACUAAAGACGAGAAAUUCACCGUCAACACCAACGACUCCGUCGAGCUCACGUGCCGCGCCACCGGCCUGCCUAAACCGACGUUCUCGUGGCACCGCGGCACCGAAGACAUCUCUUCGAAAGCCACGCAGUACGAUGAUAGUUCUGUCCUGACGAUCCAACGCGUAUCAGCCUCCGACACCGGAAGGUUUUUGUGCAGAGCCAAAAACGAAGUCGGCAAAGACAGCGCCAACUUCACCGUCCUUGUUAAUCAUAAACCAGUGAUGGACAGCUCGGGUCUGUACGAGCGGGCGGGUGCAGAGCUGGGCGGCACUGGGACGCUGCGGUGCAGAGCGACAGGUUCGCCUUCUAUUUCCUUCACGUGGUUCACCCGCGACAACACUCCCAUCGAGGCGGCGCUAUACUCCCGCUUCCAGAACAGAUACAGCGUCUCUGACUCUGAGUUGGUGGACGGUUUAGCGACGUACGAGAGCGUCCUCACAAUCGCGAACGUCACCAUCAAAGACCAUGGCAUCUUCCAAUGCCAGGCGAUGAACUCGCACGGCUACACCAACACCAUCAUCACCCUUGAGGGCACCACUGCUCCUGACGCGCCCUCAGAUCUCAAGGUUGUGAACACGACGCACGACAGCGUGUUGCUGCAGUGGGUGUCGGGCUACAACGGCGGACUACAACAGAGCUUUCGUAUUCGCUACCGCAGUAAAGAGUCUGAUUACUAUCAGUACGCGGAUGUGUUUCCGGGUAACGCGACAGUGUUCUCGCUGACGCGGCUGGAGCGCGAGACGACGUAUGUCUUGGCUGUCCAGGCCCGCAAUUCAAAGGGCGAGUCUGCCUUCACCAGCGAGACUGUCCAGGCCACGACUAAAAGCUCGGUGCUGGGCUCUGAGGUGGACGUGUCAGAUGAUGUCACAAAAGAGUCGUCCGUGGCCAGCCUGUUAGCCAUCAUCAUUACAUUAGUUGGAGCUGUUUUGCUUAUUCUUAAUUUAGCGCUCGUCAUCUGUUACUUCAAACGCCGUUCGUCUAAGAGACUCUCGACUUCUACAAAAGGUUCGAUCGACAAAGGCUCGAACAAGAGCAACGCCCUGGAGAUGUACGCCCCGAGCUCGUACAACGGCACCGUCAACGCCGAGACGCUCUCCUCUAUUUCUGAAAAAUCUCGCACGAGCACAGGCCAUGAGGACGACUCUGUAUUUGACGUGAGCGACGUGCGCCCCACGGCGUCCCCGAAGUACCUCAUCGACCGCCUAGAGCCUCCUGUGCAGUACGCCUCGCAGGGACCCUUGCAGUUCACCAACACCGACGCCCCACUGCACCCCGCCUCUAUGACCCAGCCUCACAGGAACCAAUAUGACCUCGACUCGCCUUAUAAUAUGGAUUUGCACAACCAAGGCCUCAGUACGCUGGACAGGCGCGGUAACCUCUCAUCUCUACCGCACGCACAAUCUCCUCUUCAAUCAAGUUACAUGAACCAAUUUUAUUCCCCCGACAACCUAUCAAUGAACCGCCACAACAACAGCCUCACUCGCCAGGGCUACCACGCCUCUGAGAACCCGUACCCUCGCACGCAGGCCCCGAAGUUACAGUUCCCCAAGGACUACAUCCGCAACGGAUCAGCCAUGAACUCGUCACUGUCACCUCCCCGCGGCGGGGGUCUAGGAUACGCACCUGCGAGUCCUGAUCGUAUGAGCCCCCCAGCUCUGCCGCCCCCCAGAACACGAGGGCAUCCCAUGCUCACCACCUUCGCGGGUGACCACAUCGCCUCCUCUACUCUGCCCAUGGAGCAGCGCGGUCAUCUCGUCUAAACUCAGACGUGGAGUGUACAUUUUCUUUGCUAUUUUAAUGGUGCUAAUUUGUUGUAUUAUUACAUGUGUACUUGGGGCACCAAAAGUUAUGACAAUCGCUUCUCAAGAUAUGGUGUUUGUGUGAAGAUGCAACUGAAAUCUCAGUUAUUUUGAGACUUGUGACGAACUUCUCAUACAAUAAAAUCAUAAUAACCGAACAUUGGCUUCCUGUUAGCCUCGAGGUGGAAGUUGGCAAUGAUGCAAUAAUUGCCUGAGUGAUGGAGUGUGAUAAGAAUAGUACUAAUGUUGAAUUAUAACUUCGAACGACGCCUUCAUGUGUUAAAGUGGGCGAAAAAUAUUGGCAGUGAAAUUCAUACGAACUGAGCGUAUACUUGAUGAAUUCAACUGUAGCGAUCAAGAAAGUCGUGUCCGCGAGUGCCUGUUAUCAUAAUUUUUUAUGUCGUUGUCUUUUUCUGGUGUUUGAAGUUUUGUCUUUUAGCUUUGAUCGGGACAUUCUUUAAGAAUUACUAGUUGUUGUUGUUAAGUCUUACUAUGAUCUCUCAUUAUUAGUGUAUUGUGCAUCGUAUUAACGCCUCUUUAGUUCCUUACAUUUACGGUGAAUUGCUUCUUGUAAAUAUUGUUGAAUAAUUCUUGUUUGAAUCAAAUGCUACUUGGUUGCCAGAUGGGAUCACUAUCGGUCCAGUCAACAUAAACCUAUUGAUGUUAUUAAAAGCGCAAUCAUUGAUGAGGUGCGGCGUAUAGCAGUCACGCCACAUGAAUCUAAGCUGCAAUAUACAAUUUAAGCGUAAACCUUAGGUAUAAUUACUGAGUCUGAAUUUUUCUGAGCGGGAGGAAUGUUUGGGUUUCUCUUAGAAAAAUUGCUGUUUAAUUUCAAAAGGGUUAUUAUUCCAUAGCGGCUCCGCAUCUCCUACACGCGCCUCCAAAUAAUUUUAAUUUUUAUCCUUUCUUACUCUGAUUCCCUGAGUGAAGAUCAAUGGUUUAUUCCUUCCUUUUAAUCAUUUUUAGGUUUAUCGUGUGGGAUAAAUUACACACGGGUCGAUUCCCAUCUCUUUCCUGCAAAUAUUAGUAAUGCAAUUAAUUAUAAAAUUCUUUCGCACUUAAUUUUUUUGAUAUAAUUUCUCAGAUUGAAUGUAAUUUGUGAAUAUGCAAUGAUUUAUUUUCGUAACUAUUUACCGGGUAUUUGAUGUAGGUACGGUAAGUGAUGUCGACACAAUGGCCGAGUAAUUAAGUGCACACUGAUUGGAGCAGUGAGUUGCGGGUACGAGUCCCAGCAAGCUGUAAAAACUAGCAGCUAGCCAGACUUUAAGAAAUCUUUGGCCAGACUGUCGACAUUCGUUGAACAUUCAUCGCAUAACUUCCAAAAUGUAGUGAAUAGAAUUUUCGCUUGAGCAAAUAAGUAGAGAUUACUGGAAAACAUGAUCAAGGCUUGGCUGUGAUUGAGUAUAGCUUUGUAGUCUUUCUACCAACCUGUACUAGAGCAGUCACUUUGCUAUCCGUGUUCUAGCAAAUAAAAUAGCUUAUCGAUUUAAAGGGAUUAAUUCAUUUUAGAAUUUAAAACAUACAUUUCUUAAUAAUGCCAAAUAGAUUUUAAAUCAUAUCAAUGGAUUUUCCAUUACGCUAUAAACUUUCCGCCUUCCGUACUUUUACUAAAAAGCGGUGUUUACUCGAUUGCAGAGGUGACAUUUUCACAAAUAAAAACCUACAAUUUUUAUUAUUGUUGUAAAUUUUGUUCCAAAUUGAACACCUCAUCGAUGCUGAUUAAUGUGCUGAUGCUCUGUAUAUCAAAAAUUCAGUCCGGUGUAGUAAUUUGUUACUAUAAUUGUCGUAAGUCUCUAUUUUUACCUAAGAUGGGUCGUAAUUACUUCUGCAUUGAUUAUUAUUGUGAAUGAAAUAAGUUUUUCUAUAGGACUCAAUGCAUCUCAAACCUGUACGAAUGUCGAAUCCACAUUUUUCUCGAUCGCGCUAUUUGUUUAAAUUUUUCAAGAGUGUUUUUAAGCCCAGUAUAGAGCCUACAUUGGUUUUGACUGUCGUUCUUUAUAAACUCGUGAUUCUUUGUACAUAAUUUUGAUCUAGGAUAAUGGACGGUGCAACUCACCGCAUAACCAAAUAGCUAUACAUUUACGACAUUUAAAACUAUUAUUAUAAAUAUCAUCUUCAACUCGUCUGUAAAAUAAUUCGCCUUUUUGAUCGUACAUUAUUACCACUACGAGUGGGAAACUGCUCAGUAUUUUUGCCUUGAAUAGAGUCAAGCAUCGAUAGCUCUUUUAUUAAAGUUAUGGCCAAUUCUGUGUACCUCUUUAGAGUUAAUGUCGCCUCAGCACUAGCUGUUUAACAUGUAUGCCUGUGAAUCAUUGAUCUAUUUGUCGGUCCACAGUUCAGUAUCUACGUUUCAUGUUCGUGCCGUUGCCCCUUUGUGCUCUCUUCAUAUUUACGGAAGCUUUUUACUCCUACAUAGUUGCAUUACCUCAUGAAAUGCGUCGGGUUAUUACAAAGUCAAGGUUUUAGUUAUAUGCAGCGAGCUUCUUCCAAGUCUGCACGAUCAGCUUAAGUAAUGUGCCAAUUCUUUAUAGUUUCGCAGUAUUUACAUCGCAAACGCGACUGUUUUUUAUGGCUUCGCUCUACUACUGAAGACUACAAAUUUGUUUUGUUUUCGACUCGAAAAACUCAAUUGUGAUUACUUUAAAUGAUAACAAAUUUAAUCCUCGUCACAAUGGUAUCGUGAGAAAUUUUCGAAUUUGCUGUUCUUAGCACCUAAACAACCACUACAGCUAACGUCAAUUAAAUCUUAGAAAUUUAAGGAAAUUCUUGAAAUGUUACGCGCUGUCAAUUUCAACUAAAACUGCCUUACAUUUGACCAAUGCUCAAAAUAGGUCGCUGGUUUGAAAAUUAGUUCCUAAUAUGAUGGUUUUUGAAUAUGCACGCAUCCACCUUAUGUCUAUGUUAAUUUCUUACGCCGUGUGAAGAGAAUUGAAUGAGAUGCUUUGCAGUAACAGAUUUGUCAUGAGUUUUAUACAGGCCUGGUUAGCUAGAUAAUUACUCUUAGUUAUUAUGUUCGUGAUGUACAUUCGCCAGGCGUGUGCUCAUUAAAAUAUCGUCGUUGCCCAGCAAUCAAAGAAGAUGCGUUUGUCCAUCUCGGUGAAUCUUGCGUUGCCAAACUGUUUAUUAGUUAUGUAAGGAAAGAGUCUAGCGGAUCAUGAAUUAUAAUCAGUAAAUGUUGUUUGCAAAGGUCGUGUCGUGAUCAUACGCGAUCGCUGAUAAUCUUCUCGCUUACUUUCUUUCGAUUGUUUUGUAAACCAUGGAAAUUGUUCAUGAAUAUUUUUUUUAACAGUUUACAAUUUAUUUCUUCAUAAGUGUGCAGCAAUAAAUCUACCUUCGA